UCCAAGAGCGGCUGUGUACGGUGCGCGCGCGCUUGCCCCUCGAGUUACGAGCCGAACUUGUAAACAAAGUGGUGAACGUCUCGCGUGAACUUCGAAAACUUUUUGUUAUCCUUAUCCGAACUAUUUAAAAACUGUGGUGACUCAGUGUUAGUAGACUUGUGCUCGCUAUGGAUUUAUCUUGUGGAGAAAACAUGCAGAAUUCUGGUAACAACAGUGCGAGUGGCAGGACGGUGGACAUGUGCGUCGCUGGGCCGGACAGGGCUUUAGACCGGGAUCCCAGGCUGCUUCUCAACUUGCUGGCGUUGGAGAGGGCACACGCUCUUCACACGGACUACUUCCAAAACGUUCAGAUUGACAUCCAGCCCUUUAUGCGGAAAGUAGUGACCACCUGGAUGUUGGAGGUGUGUGAGGAACAACAAUGUGAGGAGCAGGUGUUUCCCCUGGCAGUGAGCUAUAUGGACCGGUUCCUGGCGCAUCGAGCUAUCUCGCGGCAGCAGCUGCAGCUCCUCGCUGUCACCGCUAUGUUAGUCGCCUCCAAGUUCCGCCAGUGCCACCCACUUUCUGUCGACUUGCUUUGCGCAUAUACCGACAACACAGUGUUUCCUCAAGAAGUCAGGGAAUGGGAAGUGAUGCUCCUUCAACGAUUGAACUGGCAGUUGUCUAUUGCAACAGCCUUCGACUUUGUGGAGCCGUUCCUUGCGCGAGUGCCGUGGGGUCGCACCAACCCGCUGGUCAGGACACAUGCGCUCACGCUCACCUCAGUAUGCUAUACUGAGACCGAGUUUCUACUCGUACCUGCUUCUUUAAUUGCUGCUGCGUGUAUCACGGCAGCAGCUCGUGGAUUGCGUGUGCGCAUGUCGGUGAGUGAGUUGUGUGCCCUGACGCGCACACCGUCCGCGGCCGCUGAGCUGGUGGCGCGCCACGUGGAGCGUGUGUUGGCCCGGGAGACGCAGCCUCAGGAACCCAGGACCAGACACGCCCAGCCCUACAAACAAAAUACAUCAGAACAGACACAACUGCCAGAUACUCCUACAGACGUGCAAGACGUACAUUUCUAAAAGCUGACGUUGGACAUACUUUAUUUUGUGUCCAACGACUGCACAGUCUGUUUAGAUAUCGUACAAAACCAACUACCAAAAUCAAACGAUCUCAAUAUUUAUGAAAUGGAUUGCAUUGUUACGUAUAAACAUUUUUUUAUUUCGUGCACCUGGAUCCACAAGAGAAGACCCGUCGAAAAGCAAAAAAUGCGUCUUUUAAUGGAAAAGGUUAUGUCAAAUCUUGUACAAUAUAGAUAUGAAAAGUUAUGUAGGAGAAUUUAUUGUUCAUUGAUCUCAAAUUAUUUAUGUGAAAUAUUAACAUUAGAUUAGAAUAAUGUUAUUUAUUGUAAAAUAGAUUCAUUUAUAUGAGUUUCUUAGGGUUGCAACAAAGAUAUUUUUGUUUGACAUUAUAAACUAAAUAUUGUAUUGUUUGAUCUCCGAUAAUUCCAAAUGAUUAGAAAGACUGAACGCAUUUUUACAUUUAUUAGCAAACACCUAAAGACACCGAAGCAAACUACAGACACCAAAAUGUGUAUCUGUAUCAGAAUAAAAUUACCCUCGACAACUCCAAUAAGCGGAUAGACAUGAUGUAUAUUUUGUAUUGAUAGUGUUGUGUGUAUUAACUUGUAAGAUCUCAUUUUAUAGUAAAUUGAAGUUUGACCCUUUUCGUGAAGGGAGGUGUGUUUAGUAUUCUCUGAUAUUAAAUGAACAUGUUAAAUAUUGUAAUAUUUAUUUAGGUCAACGUUAAGUUUUAGUAAAUUCUAGUCAAACGUUUUACACAUUCCUGUUUUCGACCAAACAUAAUGUUUAGAUGUAUAGAAUGAACUUGUGUAAGUAAGAAUUAUUGUUUAAGUAAUUAGUAUGUUUUAGUUUGUUUGGCAAUUGUUACGAAAGCCGAUAGAAUACUCAUCAGGGAGGCGGUGGAAGUUCUACUGUUAGUUAAUGUAUAGACAAUUAAAUUUCCUCGCUCGUAAUUAGUAUGUAACUGUAUUUAUCGGGAGGCGGUGGGAGUAAGGGAGAGACUUGCAUAAACACCAUAGAGUAAGUGAUAGAGCGGGCGGAGCGCGGCGGCGGCGGACUCGACGAGCGGAGCGUUACGUUACGCAAUGUUAAUUAUACUAAUUGUAAUAAAUUAAUAGGUGAACUUUCAAGUUUCUCUCUUUAUUCCGUCUUGGCCCGAUGUAAACUUUCACAAAGUUUAAAAAAAUAUGGAAGUCCGUGCAACUGCGUAAUUUUUAAAAUUACCUCCAAUUGAAAUUAGACAACUAACGAAUGUUUGAAUGAUACUCUAGCUUUUAAUUAUUGUGGUGUUUGUAUCCCUCAUUUACUUUUUGUAUUUGUAUUUUCUAUCAUUGUUGUUUGAAUUAAUUUGUUGAUAACUUUAACUUGGUUAGGUAUAAAAGAUUUGAUCAAUGUUCAAAUGAACUUGUACCCUAAAUUCACAAAAAGAACUUUGUCUUAUAUUCCUAAUUAUGAAAUUUCUAUUUUAAUUGAAGUGGUUAUCUACAAGAUGUGGAUACACGACGCCUUGACAUGUUUAUCUUUCCAUCGUGAACAUUUUCAAAAGGUUAAUCAAUUUUAUUAUAAUUUUUCUUUAAAAAAGUUGUAAUUAUGAGGAAAAGAUUGAUAUAAAAUCACUGGAGUAAAUUGUUGUUCAUUAAUUUGUAAUUAAGGCUUUGUUUUAAAGAUCGAUUGUGUUUAGGUACGUAUAUUUAAUAAGUAUUCUAUAGUGUAUGGCGCAGCCAUAGGUUGGCUACUUAUAAUUUAAUGUAUAGAUUUAUAAUAAAAAAGAAAA